AUUCUGUCUGCUGCCCUCUACAGGCCGUUACCUCUGAAAUGUGCAUUGUGUGCAAUCGACGUGUGUACCCCAUGGAAAAGAUCACAGCUGAUAAUGUUAUUUACCAUAAGACCUGUUUCAGAUGUGCAGAGUGUAAGGCGUGCCUCAGCCUUGGUAAAUAUGCAGCCCUCAACGGCAACGUGUUCUGCAAGCCCCACUUCAAGCAGAUGUUCAAGUUAAAAGGGAACUACAACUUCUCCAACCAGGCAACUUCUCCCCGCCAAGCCACCAACGGCGUAUCUACAGAUGAGUAAAGGGGAUAGCACGUAACCUUGUCUGCCCAUCUCAUCAUAGAGUCUGUACUUUCUUCUUCUUACUGCUACCUUUAUAACGGGUUGUGGGCAGGGUCUCCAGAGAAAUUGUGUAAAAGAGUAGAGGGGAUAGUACAAAGCCUUGCCUGCCCAUCAUGCCAUAGACUCUGUACUACUACGAACUGCUACCUUUGUAGCAAGGGGUUAGGGGUGGGAUCUUCCAAGGGGAUUUUACGAUGGCUGAUGGCGCAUCCCAUAUAUUGUUUUAAUGUCUGACGUGAGCCCCACACUACUCCAAGAGUUCUGACUAUGAUGAGUGAUAUCUCAUUGUCAUUUCGUCAUCGAAUCUUGGCAACAAGGGCAAUAUUUUCUUAUAUCUCCCACCUGAGAGGUUGGGAUAUAAGAGCUGACACUAUUAGAUCUAGUUUGAUUACAGUAAGCCUUUGGAUCUAGUCAAAACAUCGAUUUGGAAACCUCAUCAAUCUGCAAACAAAAAUGAAAUUUCUACAUUGAUCAUCUUUUGUAUGCUGGGACCAUACUUUUGCAACCAUCACCGAGGGAGUAUCGCCUUGGUCAAUAGAUUAUUUUGCAAGAAGGAAAGAUAUAUUUUUUGCUUGACUUCACAUCGAAGAUUAUUUUGCUGGUGAUAUUAUAUAGUAGACAUGAUGAUUAUUUUGCAAGCUGUUUAUAUAUGACAUUGCUUUUGGGUGAUUAUGAAUGUUGAAAGAAUGUCGUAGAAAGAAAGAAUGAGAAAAACAUGAUUUUGCUACUGGAAAUGAAUUUAAGAAGCUAUUGAAUGGGAGCAAGAAAGUGAGAAGGAGUGAGAAAGAGAGUGAGUGAGUGAGGAUGGUGUAGUGUGAAGAUGUUUUUCAAUGCAAUAAGCGUGAAAUACAACAAGGGGAGAUGCAAAAUUGUAAUGUACUUUCUUAUUAACUCAUAAGAAUCUUUUAAUUCUUUUUAAAUCUUUAAAAUAAGUGUUUUUAGAAUCUGUGUCUCUUGCUAUUAUCAUAGCCUAUUGUGCGUACUCUCUGCCUUCAUCUCAUCAUCUGUUUUAUGUCCUACAUUGUUAGUCUUCCGGCCGAGGCUCUGGAAACACAAAACUUGGCAAUUGAUCGCAGGGCUUAUUUUUUUUAUUGUUUCCAUUGAUCAUUGCAUGGAAUCAAUCAUAAAAAAAUCAAUCUUAUCAAUUUCUCACAUACAUGUAUGUGUUUCAGCCCUCUUCGGCUCUGUUACAACUAACACAUAGCUUAGCUAUUGAUCAUUGGUUGAGUUAACUGACAGAUCAGUCGUAAAAAUCAGCCCCACAUCAAUCGCCAAGCUCUGUGAAAAGGGGCCCUGGUCUCUCUCUCUCUGUAAACAAAUGGUGUCGGGACACUCUUAGCUUCGCACUCGCUUCAAUAUACAGAAUUACAGCUCACCCGUACUUCGGAAAGGGUUACAUUUUCACCGGCAUUGUGCAAGUUGCUGUAGAUAUAAUAUUUUUUUAAACAUAUUUUAGUGAGUUAUGGUUCAACUAAUUUUUAUGUAAGUAAAAUUCAAAGAUCGGGGACCUGUAACACGAAGCGUAGCAAUCAUCGUGGAGUGUUCUUUUUUACGAUUGAUUGCAUUAACUACAAUGUACAAUUAAUUGUGAAAAUGCACCGUACGAAUAAUCGCUAACCUUUGUUUUACCGAACCCUGUUUUUAAAGCAGAAUGCAGCAGUACAUAUUUGUAUUUUACUUUUUUUUUCGCUGCUAUAACAAAAGGGAAUGUGGUAUAUUAUAUGUUCUUGAGACUGAGUUAUAAACUUUUUAUGUAGAAUGCAAUCUCCGUGCACAACGUCGGCAUAUUUUGUAUUAUUUAUUUUGGGAGAAAUCCCACAGCUUUUAUACAACAGGGUCCAAAAUGAAAAGACAUUUAUGCUUGUAUAAGUACCUGUACUUUCCAUCCACUUAUAUAUAUUUGUAGGUUUUAAAAAAUGAACAAUUAAGGAAAAUCAUUGAAAUUUGCUUUAUCGUAGGAUAUCCUUAUGUAAGUCUUAUUAGAAAAUUGACAUUUCCAUUUUAGAUGUGGACAAAGGGAGAAGGAAAUGUUCAUAAUAAAUUGAAGAAUAUAUUUGUAUAAUUAAGUUUAUAAAAAUAUUAAUUAGUUAAGCUAUUAAAUGUUUCUAAUUGGUUUUGGGGGUGUUUGUAUUAGACAAAAUUUGAUUUGUACAUAGCAAUAAUAGGAAUAUGCUGUCAGAUAAUUUAUCCUUGAUUUAUAAGUAGCAACAGUAUUAUUAUCUGCUACAUCGGCUCAACAAUCGAAAAGUAAUUCCACUCUGAGUUAUCAGCAUUAUCCAUUAUCUUGCCCAUAUAAUGUCUAAUGUCUAUGCAUUUCAUACACUCUACCGCUCAUUGGUAGCAUAACACUGUAAACACUUAAAGUGUUAAGAUUAACGCCAGACAGUUUGUGAGAGGAAUGCACCCAGCACAAAAAUACACCAUUGAGUUUGAAUGUGACACUGAAUAGUGUUCAUGUAACAAAUGGAAUGUGUUAUAAUAACUCCUAUGGGUGUUGAACUAGCACCAUGAUUUUAACAUUGGUGUAAAGUGUUUGGUGCUUUCCUCUCACAACACUGAUCGGUCAAGUGUAAACACCAUAGCUUUUUUAUACUGUGGUUGCAACAUCACAUUAAAAAUGCCUCUAUUUCUAUGGAAAGUGUUAAAGAAAAUCCUCAAGAUUGAAGGGUCAAUAUUUUCUUAUAUUGCCCGGUUAUAUUAACUGUUUUCCACAAAGAGGGCAAUAGCAAUGUGCUCUUAACUGCAGGUACUUUGUUCUGUGCGAAUAGGUCACCGAAGCAUGGCUUGAUAUUUGAAUCCUGCCCUGUACAAUACAAAUACCCUUUAAGAGGACAUUGUGCUACGAUUGCCACUCUCCACCCGGGUGUUAAAUGGAGUUCUGGUUGGAGGAAAGUCAUUGGAAGACAGAGGAUAUAAUUCUAUAUUACAGCUCCACAUGGCAAUGGUGUAAUAUUUUGAAUGAUUGUUCUUGAGAUGUACAUUGAGUUUCUCCCAGCCAGGCAUUUUGACAACCAAUAUUAAAACGAUCACACGGUAUUUUUGCUCACUUUCAAAUUAUAUCGACUGUGCAUCUCAUGCAUAUUAUACUGUGGAGCAUUUCAUAUUGAUUUGUUUUUACAAAGUACACAAAUUAAUAGAAACAGUAAGGAGUGUUGCCAAUUUGAGGAUGGAAGAUUACUAGUGAAAUCUGCAUAUCUCUAUGGGUUCGUAUUAUUGUGUUUCUGUUCUGUAACCUAAGAUAAAUGCACAAAGACUCUUUGGUACGUUUAGAGCAAUAAUAUCUCAAUUUUCUUCCAUGAUGUAAUCAACACAUUUAUUUGUUAUUUAAGUUUCAUUCUAAAUAUUUUGCCAGUGCUCUGUCUUUUAUAUUAUUGGCUUCAUGCAAUAUACUUCACCAAUUAAGCAAUUUUGUGACUUUAAGCUAUUUCUGAAAAUUAAAAUGUGGCCUUUUCAAAGAAGAAUUGGAACCAAUUAUUACUAUAUGAACAACAAGUUUGAAUAUUGAGCUUUGCAAAAAUGUAUUGCAUCAAUAAUUAAGAAUUUAACAUAAAUUAAAAUGGUGGUAUAUGACCACCAAUUAUAGCAUAAUGAAAUGGAUUUUUAUACACAUUUUCAAACUUGAUGAAGAGCUUAGCACUCAAGACACUUCAGUAAUGUUUUGUUAUGUUUCUCAUUCUCACAUGUAAUGUCCGAUGUAUACUUAUAUGUAAUCUAAGGGGUUUUGUUGUUUAAUAAAAUGAUUAUUGGAGUUUUUCAUUAA